CUGUAUGUUUUUUGGUUGUGCGCGUCUUCCAACUUGUUGUACUUGUUUUUGUUGUUGUUCGCGUUGUUGUCGUGGCGGAAUAAUGAUUGUUCAGUGUGUAUAUCAUAACAAAGCAGAAGAUUAUUCAAAUUACUUUUAAACAUAUGCUGAGGCAUUGCCAAAAUUAGCAAAAGUCCAAGAAGCUACAACUACUACUUAAGCGACUGCGUGUGUGAGUGUGUAUGUGUAAGAAAGAGUGCGUGUUUGUGUGUUUGUUUCCUUACGUGACGUCAGUGUGCCUUACGUACAAUCCUUUACGUCUUGUGGUCAGUUGGUUUGAUUGACUCACUGCCAAGACAGUUUUCUGUCUGCCACCGAACGCACACACACACAUUUAAAACGCUGAGUGGCGCCACAAACAUGGUGCGUUGGAGCGCACGUUCGCGUCGGGCGCGGCAGGAUCAGGUGGAGCUAUUGGCCAGCACUAAUAAAAUAGGCGAGGACGACGCCGAUAAUGCUGCAUAUCGCAAUUCCGCUGAUCUAUCGGAUACCGAUGAAAUCUUUCUCAAGGGUCUCUUGCUCAGUAAUCCAUCAACGCCGCACAAGGAGCUUAUGCUUAAUCCAACAGAGCCGCAGCCCGUGCCCGCCUUUCUGCCCGCCCAUUUAAACAACAAGCCGAUCUGUGACGAUAUCAUACGCAAAUUCUCGCCCUCGCGACGUUUGGAAUCCCGCGAGCUUGCCAAGCUCUUGGCCCAGCCACACUUUCGUGCUCUGUUGCGUGCUCACGAUGAGAUAGGAUAUUUGUACGAGCAACGUUUGAAAGCUGUUGGCGGAUCUAUCACAAAGCUCGAAGCAACUUCUCAACGCCAAUUAGGCGGAUAUCUCUAUACGGAAGACGUUUUAAAUAGCAAAAUGCCAGUGGAAACGAUUAAAAUGGUCGGCCUGCGUCGGGAUCCAAAGCAACCGUUGGGUCUGACCGUCGAGGUGGACGAAUAUAAACAGCUAGUAGUAGCACGCAUCCUCGCCGGCGGUGUUAUCGAUAAACAGGGCAUGCUCCAUGUGGGCGAUGUUAUACUCGAGGUCAAUGGAACGCCCGUCCGAUCAGCUGAUGAUUUGCAAGUGGAGGUGUCGCGGGCGAAGGAGAAUCUAACGCUUAAGAUCGGACCGAAUGUCGAUGAAGAGAUCAAAAGUGGUCGUUAUACGGUCAGUGGGGGUCAGGUAAAACAGAAUGGCAUCACAAAUCUUGAAUCGGGCAAGAAACUAACGUGCUAUAUGCGCGCAUUGUUCACAUACAAUCCAUCGGAGGAUUCGCUGUUGCCCUGCAGGGACAUUGGAUUACCCUUCAAAUCGGGCGACAUUCUGCAGAUCAUUAAUGUUAAGGAUCCCAACUGGUGGCAGGCAAAGAACAUUACUGCCGAGUCGGAUAAAAUUGGACUGGUGCCAUCGCAGGAGCUGGAGGAGCGACGCAAAGCUUUUGUGGCGCCCGAAGCCGAUUAUGUGCACAAGAUUGGCAUCUGUGGCACUCGGAUAUCGAAGCGCAAGCGAAAGACGAUGUACCGCUCUGUGGCAAACUGUGAGUUCGACAAGGCAGAGCUGUUGCUGUACGAGGAGGUGACGCGCAUGCCACCAUUCCGCAGGAAAACUCUUGUUCUCAUUGGUGUCUCUGGCGUGGGCAGACGUACGCUCAAGAAUCGCCUGAUCAACAGCGAUGUGGACAAGUUUGGAGCCGUCAUUCCACACACCAGCAGGCCUAAGCGCGCCUUGGAGGAGAAUGGCGUAAGCUAUUGGUUUAUGGAUCGUGAGGAAAUGGAUGAGUCCAUCAAGCAGAAUGAGUUUCUUGAAUAUGGGGAACACAAUGGCAACCUCUACGGCACCUCGUUGCAGUCAAUCAAAGAUGUCAUUAAUAGUGGACGCAUGUGCAUUCUAGACUGUGCGCCCAACUCAUUGAAAGUGCUGCACAACAGCCAGGAAUUGAUGCCAUUUGUCAUCUUCAUUGCGGCGCCUGGCAUGGAGCAACUAAAGACGAUCUAUGCAGAUCGUCGUGCCACCGGCUCAAAUAGAAAUCUAUCUUUUGAUCGUCAAAGUUCCAUACGCUUCAGCUCCAGACGCGCACGUACGCUUGAGUCGUUAGCAUCGCUCUAUGAGGAUGACGAUCUCAUCUCCACAGUGGAGGAGAGCACCUUUGUGCAGCGAAAGUAUGAAAAAUAUUUCGACAUGGUCAUUGUCAACGAGGACUUCGAUGAAACGUUCCGUCAAGUGGUUGAAACCUUGGACCAGAUGAGCCAUGAAGAGCAAUGGGUGCCCGUCAACUGGAUAUAUUAGGAACGCAAUUCUAUUUGCAAAUCGAAUUCUUCUUAUUCUAAUUAGUAUCUAUUGUAAUCAUCACAAAACGAAACGAAUUAAUCCAUACAUAACACUAAUGUAUAUGUAUUUAAAUAUGCAAUAUUGUGUAUAAUGUACAAUGUUAUCAGGCCCUCCGCUUCUUUUAAUUGGUUUCCUUAAGUUAUAAGUUUAAUAAUGUUACUAUGUAUUGAAACGAAUUCGUCCAUUCGCAUGCUGUUUUAACUUGUACGCCUUUAUUUUAUUUAUACUCUCGCGUGUUUAAACGUUUUUGUGCAUUUCUUGAGACUUUUGUCUCAUUGCAAUGAAUGCGCUCUAGCUACUUCUUCAAUUUUUAUUAUAACUUUUUGUAUGCAUAUCAUAUAUACUAUAUUCAUUUAAUUUAAUGAAUCUCUUGAGUACAACCAAUUCUUAUUAUUACAAAUCAA